CAGAGGCAGGCGCCUCCAGGCGCGCAGGGUGAUGACGCAUGAGCUCCCUCCCCACGUGCAGGCCAGAAGCAGACAGAGACGAGAGGCUGGGGAAGUGGAGGAGUUGCCUGUGGGGAUCUGCUGCUUUUUAGGGGGCUGAAGAAGGCGUCUUCAGAAUGACGGUGGAUGUGAAGCGGCUCCUGAUCCAGUUCAAAGAUGAGGCCGGCGAGGUCCUGGGCUCCCCCUUUGAUGUCCCCCUCGACAUCACACCCGAGAAGCUGCAGCUGGUCUGCAACGCCCUCCUGGCAAAGGAGGAGCCACUGCCCUUGGCCUUCUACGUACAAGACUCCGAAAUCGUCACCUCCCUGGAGACGACGCUGGCCGGGCAGGCCCUGGAGACGGAGCGGGUGGUGGAGAUUGUGUACCAGCCGCAAGCCGUGUUCAAGGUGCGGGCCGUGGCGCGCUGCACCAGUUCCCUGGAGGGCCACAGUGAGGCUGUCAUCUCCGUCGCCUUCAGCCCGACGGGGAAAUACCUCGCCAGCGGCUCCGGAGACACAACAGUGCGCUUCUGGGAUCUCAGCACGGAGACCCCGCAGUUCACCGCCAAGGGUCACCGGCACUGGGUGCUCAGCAUCGCUUGGUCUCCUGACGGCAAGAAACUGGCCUCCGGAUGCAAGAACAGCCAGAUAUUUCUCUGGGACCCCGCCACGGGGAAUCAGAUUGGCCGGGUGCUCGUGGGACACUCCAAGUGGAUCACUUCCCUCUGCUGGGAACCGCUGCAUUUGAACCCGGAGUGUCGCUACCUGGCCAGCUCCUCCAAGGACAGCAGCGUUCGCAUCUGGGAUACAGUUGCAGGCCGCUGUGACAAGAUCCUGACAGGCCACACCCAGUCCGUGACUUGCAUCAAGUGGGGUGGAGAUGGGCUGCUGUUCUCCUCCUCACAGGAUCGGACCAUCAAGGUCUGGCGGGCCCAAGACGGGAUUCUCUGCCGCACCCUUCAAGGCCAUGCCCACUGGGUGAACACCAUGGCCCUCAGCACAGACUAUGUGCUCCGCACGGGGGCUUUUGAGCCAGCGGAGGCUUCCAUCAACCCCCAGGACGUGAGCGGAUCCUUAGCAGAGAUCAAAGAGAGAGCACUGCAGAGAUAUAAUCAAGUCAGGGGUCAAGGGCCAGAAAGGCUUGUCUCUGGGUCGGAUGACUUCACGCUCUUUCUAUGGGUGCCCGCAGAGGACAAAAAGUCACUGGGGAGAAUGACAGGCCACCAGGCACUGAUCAACCAGGUCCUCUUCUCACCAGACACACGCAUCAUCGCCAGUGCUUCUUUUGACAAGUCCAUUAAACUGUGGGACGGCCGGACCGGGACGUACCUGGCCUCCUUGAGGGGACAUGUCUCUGCUGUGUACCAGAUUGCCUGGUCAGCUGACAGCCGCCUGCUGGUGAGCGGCAGCAGCGAUAGCACCCUCAAGGUCUGGGACACCAAGACACGGAAGCUGGCUGUCGACCUGCCCGGCCACGCAGACGAGGUAUUUGCAGUAGACUGGAGUCCCGAUGGUCAGAGAGUCGCAAGCGGAGGGAAGGAUAAAUGUCUACGGAUAUGGAGGCGAUAGCUGCAGGAGACCGUUGCUGGAAGACAGCUGAUCUGCUCGGUGCUUCCCUCCAUUCUAAGGAGGGCCUCUUGAGUGAUGUCCGUUUGGUAUCCAGAUAAAAGAGGAGUCUCCACCCUGGCGGGGUGUUUUUGCAGCCCUUUUGGUGCACGUUUCUACCUUGCUGGGGCUGAGAGUGGCCUAGAACAGUGUUCCCCCUCACAAGGAUUCCCAGAUGUUGUUGACAACAACUCCCAGAAUCCCCCGCUGCAAUGGCUUUUGCUUGGGGGAAUUCUGGGAGUUGUAGUCCACAACAUCUGGGAAUCCUCUGUGAGAGGGAACAACUGGUCGGGAAUCCCUGCCCUGAAGCCCUUUCUCUCCUCUUUGCCGCUGGUGACCAAGUCCAAGCUGGGAAGGUUCCCCUUUCAAAUCUCGCCUUAGCCACAGCGCCACAAGGCUGCCUACCCCCCGCCCAUCCCACUAUCGUGGGAGGAAAUGAUACAGGGCUGCUCUGAAGGUUAACAGCAUCUGGGGACUAAGAUUGAGAACCCAUGGUUUAGAGACAUACAGUGAAAAAUUCUUGUUGGAAGAAUGGUCUAUACAUAUUUGUAAUAAUCAUAAACAGCUGCUGAUGGCCCUCUCAUCUUCCAUGGGUUUAUCCAAUCUUCUUAAGUUGUUAGCCAAUAAACACUCUGCUGGACUAUU